AUGACCGACCAUCCCCAGCCCGUCACGCCUAGCCAUGGCCACCAGCUGCGCCCCCCGAGGCGCCAGUACCGCCUCUCCGACGAGCAAUCGCCCACACGAAACCGACCCAACGACGAAUUGUUGAACCGCCUAACCCCCAUGACCGCCGUCGAGAUGCUUCAAUCACCAACCACCGAAUUGAAACAGUGCCUUGACAACUGCACCGUUAGCGAGCAGGAAUUCGCUAUGCGCGCUGCUGUUGCGAGCCGCAAGAUAUACGAAUGGCUCGAGGAGCUGUCCGACUGGCCCUGGCCCGAAGCCUCCGGCUCUGCAGGCUUCGAGAUGCCAGACCCUCAGAGGCGAAAAUCUUCAGACCAAGGAAACGACACGACCUCCCGAGAUGAUGCCGAAUAUAUGGGGAGCUUACCUGCCGACGACGUCCUACGCUACGAGGACAGGGUGGAUGGCAUUUCUCACGACAUGGACGAGUUGCGUAUCGAGGAUAUCAAAAGUCACGUCAUGCACAGCCACAUCAUUCCUCUAUCGAGACCCGGAACGCCAGUCUCGACAGAUUCCCGUUCUGUUUCUUCUCUGCUCGCGUACAACCGCAUGGAUGACUUGACGGCUCUUCUCACAGCAAUCAUCAUUCAAUCACUGCCGAAUCUUUCCAAACUCUGUCGCCUGCUGAAGGUUUGGCACAUCAGACUGUCCGUCCUUCGUCGCAUACCUGCUUUGCUAGCUGGCAUUGCAGAGGCAGAGUUCGCUCUCGAAUCCGCGUGGGAUGUGCUAUCAUCGCCAGCAAACACGCCGCCGGUGGAAGACGCUGCUGAAGAUGACGAGUUGUCUCAGCUCAAGCAAGCUUACACCGUUGUGAAAGCAGUGCUGGAGAAGCAAAUCACAAAGUCAGGGCGCAGCCUUGAUUACAUGCUCGACAGCUUGGAAGGGUUGCAAGAUACCCUGCCAGAUGACUGGCUUGAUCGGAUGGAGAAGAUUGAGCGGAACUACGCGGAAUGGGUUGCCGUCGGCGAACAAAAGAUUCGGGAAGGAGAAUGGGCGAAGCUCAUGCGCCAGAAGGAUUCUAUCUCAACCACCUCAACUGAGCCGGCGAGUGUCACAAUUAAAGAGCCGCCGGAGGUAUCUACGAAUGGGCCUGAAAAGCCAGCUCCGAAAACAUUCACCGAUGACACUGUUGAGAAGACCGCAAGCAAACCCCAAGUCAAUGCUAGCUCUUUGCCAGUUGUUGCAGACGAUCCGAGAACGGUUACUCUGCCUGUCCCCAUUCAGGAUGUACCUUCAAAGACGGAACCAGUCACCGAAAAGAGCGAGAGCAAUUCCAUCAUAUUCCACGCUGACGCCACCCCUGAACAAUCAGAGGGCUCCGACGAAGACGUCCCCGAGGUGUCUCCUUCCCAGCUACAAGCACACAAGAAGGCGCACUCAACGACAACGACAAUCGGUCUUGAUGGCUCCGCCGAGGCUUCCAAAGCCAAGCGGAUGCCUCUAACCGAGAUGCGCAAUGAAGAGCACACGAAGAAGACUGACACAUCCAGCUCUCGGGAAGGCAAGACGGAGGAAAUAGUCGUGCCAAUCAUCAGAGCUAGCCAUGAGGACAACACUGGCGCGCCCUCGACUUUGGUCGACGACGAGGGCGUCGAGAUUCUGUCAGACACACCCGAGAGCGAAGAUGAGCUAGAGCUGCCGCCACUGAUCCGUCCCGGUCGGCGUGGCAGCAACGCAUCGCAAUCAUCCACCGUCCUUCAUGGUCACACCAGUCUGCUGGCAGAUGCCACGAGUGACGCCCCUGAAGUCUCAGCUUCGCCGCCUCUGCCGCGUCAGAAGGCUGUCGAGACCGCCCGUCAACAAGCUGCCACCACACGUUUCAUGAGCAUCAGUCCGCCCAGCUCACCCCCGUUCCGGCCCAGCUUCAGAGAGGAUAGCGCCAGCCCAAUGGUUGGUCCACAUGGAGACGGCCUGCUGCCGGCGCUCCCUCUCGAGUCUUCCUUCUUGGAUGACGAGUUCGACACGUCUUUCACAACCGUCCCUCCGCCCAGAGCACCCUCAGAUAUCAGGUCAGACGAUCAUCUUCGGCAGCAAAUCAGUGACAUUCUUGACUCGAUUCCGGCCAACAUCAAGCUGGCCUCGGGUCCUCCGAAAGUGAACCUGAACCCUCCGCCACCGGAUUUGCCUGCGAGACGGCUUAAGAAGCCAUCCAGAGAAACGAUGAGAAGAUCCGCUUCCGCCAUGUCCGUGACAUCACGGACCUCUUCGCGAGCCCCUACGCCGUACUUGACACUUGCACCUGCCUACGCCAAGAACCCCAGACCGAGGCGCCCUCAGGGCCAGCAGGACAUCAAGGUUUACCACCUUUCCCGAUCUACCGGAGAGGCUCCUAUCAAGUUGUUCAUUCGCUGUGUCGGUGAGAACGGAGAGCGUGUUAUGGUCCGUGUUGGUGGUGGAUGGGCUGACCUUGGAGAGUAUCUGAAGGAGUAUGCUGCACACCAUGGUCGCCGCUCUACAGGUGCGGACAAGGCCAAGGUCGAGGUCCGAGAUAUUCCCCGUCCGCCAACGAGCCACAGCCGGGGGCCGACAUCAAGUCCUCCGAGCCGGCCGGCUUCCGCUUUGGACAUGUCUCCGAUGACUCCACUGCAUGUGCGAAAGGCUAGGAAAUCUUUUGGUGCGGCGGAUCUCCCAUCAAGUACAUCUGUCCCAAUGUACCUCCCUCAGACUCCAGCGGUGCCACCCAUUCCCGACAAAUACACGCCGUCUUCAGAAGACUCCAAUCGAUCACGGGCUAGCUCGCACGCUUGGGCCGAAGAGGACAGCUCCUUCCUGGGCCUUGCCGGUCCGACUGGUCGGAGAGUCGAGAUGAGUGAGGAAAAUCGCGCCUGGGUUGAGAGCGUCAAGGAGAAGGUUCGCCUCGCUAGCGGCGAGAUGCGCAAGACCUCUGAGUUUGGCGACAUGGGCAAGGUUGGGGGAACGAAACGGCUUUUCCGCAAAGGCUGA